GCAUAAGUAUUCAUCAGUUCAUCGAACUGACGCAGCACGGAUUCAGUUUGUUUUGCAGGGAAAUAGUCAGUUAACGGCGAUUUUCAAGGUAUCAUCAAAUAUACCGAAUUACUCCUAUAUAGUGAAAAUUAAAGUAUUAUGUCAAUCGACAUUGAUAUUGAAAAAAUAUAUUUUUUUGCGAAAUAUUUUGCAUUCAUUGUUAAUGAUGUUAUUAAAAUGAAGAUGCAUUGAAAAAAAAUUAAUAUCCUAGUGGGUUACUUAGAAUGAAUAGAUAAUAAAAUGUUGGUAUUGAAACAGGGUCAACAAUUACAACCUCUAAUUGAGUGUGUUGUUUCUUCUUUUAUAAAUAUCGUUUUUGUACGAAUCAGUUCAUGUACGAGUUAUUAGAAAUUUAGAACUCUUCUGUAUUAAGAGGUGCACGAUUUUUGCAUCACUUUUUCCCGCUACAACACACUAGUCAGACGCUGUUAGCAAUGUCGCACUACUUUGGUUCGCCACGGUCUUUUUACGAAGUUCACGAAUAAAUCGUUAUCUAAAGUACGAUUGGUUAGCUAUCUGCAUUCUUGAGGCAGAAUAGUAAAAAGACCCACAUGGAGCCAUCGGAAGUAGUGGACCCCGUCAGGGUCAAGAAGGAGCCGGUCUCACCCCAUGAGAAGGAUUCACACUCCACGAAGAAACCCACAUCGAAACACGGAUCGCAAAGCAGUACGAAACAUUCAUCCUCUUCAAGCAUCAUGAAGCGUGCAAAAGCGGAAGCCGCUCGUGCUCUCAUACGGCUAGCUGAAGAGGAGGCAGCUCUCAGGAAAACGUUAUCUCAGCUUGAGGAACAGGACGAGAUUGACCAAGCAACUAUUAGAGCCUCAGCAGUGAGAAGGAGAUCCGAUUACAACGCAGAUAUGGAUCUACUGACAGCCAAGAAAACAGCAGCUGCACUGGAUGCAGAAGCUGAGUGUAUGAACAGGAAUCUGUUGGAGGUGACUUAAGUGAAUUUGAUAACAUUGAUGAAAAUAUUCGUGUACCAGAGGAAGAUCCUCACGAGAGGACUAGUGAAUAUGUGAACACUGUGCAUUUGGAAGGACAAAGUGAAACCAUGUGCCCAGACGCAUCCAUUGUUCCACAAAACGCUACACACAGACCACAAUCCGAACCACAGCCAGUAUCUCAUGCUACCCAUGAGAUGAACGACUCACGCCGAGCAAUUCUGACCAAUAACCCAGUAGAUACAUAUCGUGACCUUCCUGAAUCAGAUAUACGUCCGCAAACACCAGCUACAACAUACGCAGAGAUGCCGCCUGUCACGCGUCCAAACAUUCCAAUGUUUCCUGACAUUUCCAAAUUCCUCUUAAGGAGAAAACUGUUAAUGUCUAGACUCUAUCAAUUUUUUUGACAAACCAGAAACCUAUUUCGUGUGGAAAUCGAGUUUCAAAAAUGUCCUCGCCGACUUACAAGUUUCUGAUUUUGAGCAACUUGACCUUUUGGUGAAGUGGCUAGGGCCAGAAUCCAGCUCAUAUGCCUUGAGUAUUCGGGCUGCCAAUGCAGACAACCCGUCGAAAGCUCUGCGUCUCCUAUGGGAGAGGUUGGACCAAAGAUAUGGUGCACCCGAAAUGAUUGAAAGCAUUUUAAAGGACAA